CAGGUAGGUAGAUAGAUAGAAGCUCCAAAAUAAGGAGGAGAAAAAACAAUAAUGGGGAGGGGAAAAACAGUGAUGAGAAAGAUAGAAAAUACAACAAGUAGACAAGUAACAUUUUCAAAGAGAAGAAAUGGUUUACUAAAGAAAGCAUCUGAACUUUCUGUACUAUGUGAUGCUGAAAUUGCUCUUAUCGUCUUCUCAUCAACAGGAAAACUCUAUGAAUUCUCCAGCACUACCAGUAUGCAAAAGACGAUCGAGCGCUACCAGAAGUACAAUAAAGAGGUACAAGAAAAUUCACAGCAAUUGAAAUAUGAAGCUGCAAACCUCGCAAAGGAGAUUGAGAAUCUCCAAACCUCGCAAAGGAAGCUAAUGGGAGAAAGCUUAGAAUCUUGCUCCGUUGACGAAUUGCAGACAGCUGAGACUCAGUUGGAGAUGAGCCUACUUAAUAUUAGAACUAAAAAGAAUCAGUUAUAUAGGGAACAGAUUGAGCAACUAAAACAACAGCACAUGACAUUUCAGGAAGAGCAGCUAUUAGAAGAGAAUGAAGUUUUAUGGGAGAAGUGUCGGUCUCGACAAUGGGAACAACAGAACCAACAGACAGAAAUGGCACUACCUUAUGAAACUAGUCCAAAUUCUCAAGAGGUGGAAACUAAGCUACAAAUUGGCAGGCCUGAAAGAAGGUGACAUAAUGUUGUUAUACAACUCCA